GCAGCUUCGUGUCAGUGAGUUUGCAUCCCCCUUCCUGAUCCACGAGCUGGAGUGAUUAGAGCCCUGGAAGGGAAUUGUUACUCCCGUGGAGAAGUCCCCUUUUCCUGGCAGCGGUCUGCACUUGUACACGCUGGAUGCCUCUCUCCAUCCACCCCACUCACUCUCUCCUCUCUCACCUCCUCUCUUCCUCUCUCCUGCAUUGAUUUUUUUUUCCUUUUUAGUUGACUGAAACAAAACAAAACAAAAGGGCCACUGGAUGUCUGCCUUCUUGGGGGGUGAGCCAGACAGACUGACAAACAAACAGACCCAACUGUGUUCGGGGGAGGGUUUCUCCUCCCGUUUUGCCCGGCAGCAGCAGCAUGGACGUGUUGGCUAGUUAUAGUAUAUUCCAGGAGCUACAACUUGUCCACGACACCGGCUACUUCUCAGCUUUGCCAUCCCUGGAGGAGACCUGGCAGCAGACAUGCCUUGAAUUGGAACGCUACCUACAGACGGAGCCCAGGAGGAUCUCGGAGACCUUCGGUGAGGACUUGGACUGUUUCCUCCAUGCUUCUCCUCCCCCGUGCAUUGAGGAGAGCUUCCGGCGCUUGGACCCACUGCUGCUCCCCGUGGAAGCCACCAUCUGCGAGAAGAGCUCGGCCGUGGACAUUCUGCUCUCUCGGGACAAGUUGCUCUCUGAGACCUGCCUCAGCCUCCAGCCAACCAGCUCUUCUCUCGACAGCUACACGGCCGUCAACCAGGCCCAGCUCAACGCAGUGACCUCAUUAACGCCCCCCUCGUCCCCUGAGCUCAGCCGCCAUCUGGUCAAAACCUCACAGACUCUCUCAGCCGUGGAUGGCACGGUGACGUUGAAACUGGUGGCCAAGAAGGCUGCGCUCGGUUCAGUAAAGGUGGGAGGGGUGGCGACGGCGGCGGCGGCCGUGGCGGCAGCGGGGACAGUUAAGAGCGGACAGAGCGACAGCGAGCAAGGAGGGGUGGGGGCCGAGGCGUGCCCCGAAAACAAGAAGAGGGUUCACCGCUGUCAGUUUAACGGGUGCCGGAAAGUUUAUACAAAAAGCUCCCAUCUAAAGGCCCACCAGAGGACUCACACAGGUAGUGGUACAAGUUGGCCGCACGUGGUUUCUUCUUCCUCCUCCUCUAGCCUCGCGGUGGGAAGGGCGUCGGGGCUCCGAGGAGCGGCCUCGUGCUGCCUCGGGGGGUGGGAGCCAGGCCCGAGGGUCGGGGGCGGGGCAGCCGAGGGACGCACGCGUGACCUUGAGCCCCCGCAGAGGCCCCGGGUGCAGGCCCCGGGCUGGCCGUGCGGUACUUUCCCGGGCGGUGCCAACCCCGGCAUGGAACCAGGCGGUUCCAAGGAUGCCCCCAUGGGGGGGCUCCGGCCGUCCGGGCACUUGUCACCUCCCGACACUCCUCGGUGUUUCAGGAGUGUAGUUCUGCAGCCUUGAUCAACCGUGGAAUCUGAGGAGGCCCAUUUGAAAGAAUUCACAGUUACGCAAGGUAGUCGGGGCGUCCCCGAUUUUUCGUCAAAGUCACCAACAGCAGGAGGGUUUCAGAGUUCAUUAGAUGUGAUCAUUCUAUAAUUAAUUGGCAUCUCCUCUUUUGCAUUGUUCUCUGGCGCGUGCUUUAUGGGGAGAUGGCAGAAUUGCUUUUUAAUGAGCUUGUUACCGAGAAGUUGCUAAAGUGAUUACAUCGCUAUGUGUGUGGUAGGGGAGGGCGGGGACCGGCGGGGACUGUAUAUUUUUCUCAGGACUAUCUGCGUGAUUCCCAGGAAUCGUAGUGAUCUUUGGAGCAAUGGGAUAAUUUGGAAGAGUGGGGUUUAUAGAGAAAAGAGUGAGAUUGGCAUUUUCCUUGAAACCUGUGUUUCGUCGUGUGCUUUGAGACGCAAGCUUAGGGAUGGUGUUUCUUCUUGGCGUUAGCAUCCUAGGAGCAAUUACUGUCAUUGGUGGCUUUUAAAUGAGUCCCGGCUGUAUCGCCUGUAUGGUUGUGCAUACUGCUUGUACAUUGCAACUGAGUAGGGAAGAGCUCCAGAAGCAGAAGCAGCAGAGUGAGAGUGUAGCCAGAGAGAAAUGCGUGAUUGGAUUUGAGCCAGGAGAAGUGGCUGGCGGGAGUUCUUUUUGGUCUUGUAGCUCGUCUUCCUGGUGCUCUGCGGCGGGUUUUGGUCUGUGCCACCAAGGACGUGUGCAGUGAAAAGUUCAUUGGCUGGAAAAUCAGAAAAACGAACUAGCUAGUUCUGGUUCUAACCCUGCCACUAACUAGCUCUGUGACCUUGAGAGUGUCCCUUUACCUCACCGGGCCCCGUUUGCCCCGUCUGUCACGCAGACUGGCCUAAGGCCCCUUGAGGCUCCGGUGCGCUGGGGUGGGGGGGGGCGUGAAAUGCCUUUGUGCAGGACAGGAGUACUUCCCUGAAGUAAGAUGCAGCAUACAUGUCCAGAAGAAAUCACCAUUUUGAACCUCAAAACCAUUCCCAUGGGAGCAUGAGAAUACAUUGCUUCCUUGCUAUACAGGACUGAGGCACGUACUCCUCCAGUUCUGCACUUAGCUGCCUAUGUAGCUCCUGCUCGGUUCAUGGGACGGUCUCCUAACGUGACUCUUGAACCCCACAGCUCAGGCCCACUUAGGGUUCCCCGUGAGGGUUUGGGUCUGAGUUGUCCACUCCACAGACACCAAGGCUAACAUCCCCUGCGAGAGUCAGCUUUCUUUCCCUCCCUGAGAGGGUCCUGAAGGUCAUCAUUAUUUAUAUUUCUUUCUUCUCAAGUCAAUGAGGAAAGUAAUGGCAAGACAUUGCAGUGCUCCCGGGCUUUCAUUGGUGACUCACUUCCUGUUCUCCCCAGGAAACCCGAGAAAGCAGGAUGAGGCAAGAAUGCUGAGCUUCGUUGGGGGCUUGGAAUUCAUGAGUAUGGACACAUUGUUGAAUUAUUGACUUUGAGACGGGCUACAUCCUGCCUAGUAUGGAGGCCGGAAGGCUCUGGGGAAGCAGGAUUCUUUUUUCCAAGGGGGAGUCCAGAGCAUUUCCUCCUUUUUCCUAUCCCCAUUGCCCAACGGACGUGUCAGAAGGAGACCUCUUAGGAGUGAUCCCUUAUUCGGUGCUUUGUUUUUUGGGCAUCGUCUACUCGGAACGAUUACCAAGGUGGAGCUCAAUUAUGUUCCCCAGCACCUGCAACCACUUGCCGUAGGGUGGACUUUAGUGGAAAGACUCCUCUCCGCGGGGGAUUUAUCCAAGGAGGCACCAUGCAUUACUGAAAGGCAGUACUGCAGAGUGGUUAAGAGCGGGGCUUUGUGGUUUGGUGCACUUCGGUCUGAAUUCUGGCUCCACUGCUUCUUAGAUCUGUGACCUGGUUAAGUGCUUUGUCUUCCCUAAGUCUCAGUGUAGCCGCUUGUAAAGUACAGGGAUAACUGUGUCUACAUUCUGGAUUGUUUUGAAGGUUCAACGAAUAAACGUAUGUAAAAGACUUGGCAGGCCGUGAGAGCUUAUGAAAGAUGGUAGUGGAGUUGGUUGUAGUUAGUAGGAUUGCUGUUGCUCUUGAUUAGUGAUGAUCGUGUGAAAAAACAGCUCUAUGUAUACUGGAAAUAAGGCCGUUGCCAAAGUUAAAUACCAUCGAAAAGCAAGAAGCCUUUUUCGACACUCUGUGCAGGGGGUGACGAUGCUCGUGGACACCAGUUGAGGAAAGUGCAUCUGGACGUGCAGCCGUCGGCUCAUUGAAGGUGGAAGCACCGUAGAGCUCGGCUUUCCUAAGACCUUGCAGAAAGCAAUCACCUUGCAUCCUCCGGAAGCCUUUUGCCUGUAAAACCUCCCUCCUAGAUAAGCAUGGAAGGAAAAGUAGGUGCCGCAAGAGAAAUAGGAGGGGAGGUGGAGGUGGAGGAUGGGGAGAGAGAGUGUGAAUUAAUUUGGAUCAAAUGGAUGAGAAUCAGAAGUAUUUAUUUGGAAUUGGUGUGAAUGGGGCACAUGGGGAACUGAACACAAAGGUGAUAAUUUAUGUGGUGUGGAUGAACUAAGAAUAAUGAAAAAAGCAUGAAGGAUGGAAUCAAAUUAAGUGCAAACAUAUGAAAGCAAUGGACUAGUGCAAGCUUGAGGGCAAAGGUAUAUGGAAUUCUGGUUGGAGGAGUCGCCGAUAUAAGCGAGUGAAAGGGCAGAACUGCCGACCCAGUGUUGAAAUGGAGUUUAAAAGAAAUGGGCUCUGGUUGGAUUCGGGCAAGCUCUUUUAACACAGGGCUCGCUUUAAUCCAGUGGAAACAUUUCUUUAUCUUUCAGAUGGGUAAGUGUUUGGGGACAGAAAAAAAAAAAAAAAAAAAAGAAGAUGAGAAAACAAUUGGUAAAAAGAGGGAAACCAUUGGCCUCCUUUUCUCUAGAGUUCUGUAUACGCUGUAUCUCUUCUAUACGGUAAUAUGUUGAAAAGGAGACACAGUUGGAAAAAUGAAAUAAAAUAAAAUGUGUGGGUCUCCCUGUAUGCCUAAGAAACACAAUACAUUGUUGGUAACAUGGAUUUGCUUGCGCUGAAGAAUUUUUAAAAUGUUAUUCAUUUAAUCUUUAUAUAGAUAGAAUUUACUGAGCUGGAAAAGAUAUGCCUCCCCGCCCCCCUCCCCCCCUCCAGCCCCCCUUCUGUGGCUGUUCUUUUGAGGAUGCUGAAUCCUUCAAACUUUUUGCCCUGGAGCAUGUUAGGCAAUGAGGUGAUUUUUUUUUUUUUUUUUUAAGGUAGCAGAUGUUCAAGUUGGUAGCUAGGGCACAAAUAUUGUUUGCCCAAGGAGGUGAAGUUAGGGAUGGGGGAACCGAGGGAGGGGGAAGACAAGGCAGGGACUGGGACAAAGGGAAUAUUGUGAAGUCUCAGGAUCUUAGUGAAAGGAAGCAUAUAAAAAUGGACAUAUGGUUUAUUCAUCGCGAGGAGCACUUAGUGCUGGCAUGUGCGUAAAAAUGUCCUUUAGCAGCCAACCAUUACAGACCUUUCUCUCCCACUCUGUCUUCUGGUCUUUGUGUAACAGAUUUUUCUUGCUCAAUAAUUCAAUUAUCAUGAUCAUAGUUUUAUUCAUUUUCUUGGAGUCAGCUAAGUUGUCCUUAUAUUUUGAUGCAAAGGAAAUCUUCACUUCCAGUUGAAAAAAUCACUUUAUUAUGCGCACGUUCCGCACAAGUCAGUUUGUUAAAACGUUAGUAGUUUCUAUGCAAAAAGGGAAAGAAUUGUUUUCCACGUUUCUUCUUGGUCACUUCUGAGAAGAAGAAGAAAAAAAAAAAAAAGCCUGGGAUUGAAAUGGCACUUUGUGUUAAUUGAUCAGACUUGCCUAAAAUGGAAAUUCAAAUAAAAUUUUCUAAUAUGGAGAUUCACGUACACUAUGCAGAGUGAGUCAUGUUGACAAAGUCAGGACAAAGGCCAGGAAUGAAAUCUUUGAUUGCUGGUCACAGAGGAGGGUAAAAAAGAAGGCCAUGUUCUCAUAUGUUCUACUUGGAGGAUUCUUUCUAUGGACAGGGGGUUGCUUUAGACUAAUCAACGGGUGUUGAUAAGGACGUUCUGGAUUUUGUGCCAAAGAACGUAAAGGGGUUCUUUUUAGGUGGGAAGAUAACACAAGUGUGCAAUUUACUUAACUGUUUAUGUCUGCUUUGGGACAGGUCUCACUGAGUCACGGGGUGGCACCAUUUCUAAGCUUACCUUGAAUCUGGGGAAAUAGUUUGUUUUCAAAUGAAAAGGUAGCUAAAAAUAUUAUAAACGAAAAGACGAGCGUUGUGUUUAACAGGCGAAUAAAAGUGCUUAAUUUAUAUAAUGAAAGUUCUUCAAAGUUUGAAAUGUGAUUUAUUUUGUUUAUUCAACAAAGAUAAAGCGGGUGUUACAUCCUAGGCAUUGUUCUAAGUGUUUUACAAACUUAAUCCUUUUAGUCCUCGUAUUAAUCUAAUGACAUAGGUGCUAUUCUUAUAAUAUAGAGGGAAUGAGGCCCAGAGAGGUCAGGUAACUUGCCCAAUGUCACACAGCUCCUAGGUGGUUGGGCCAGGAUUCAAACCAAACAGUAUUGCUCAAAUCUGAGCUCUUAACUUCUAUGCUAACUAACAAGAGGAAAAGAAAUCAAGUAGAUAUUUUUUUCUUAAUAACUCAUUAUUAAGAGGAAAUGAGAGACAUAGUUUAAAUACAAAUUGACAAUGAAAACUACUUUCAGUGUCUUCUAAAUAGAAUAAAGUUGGGAGGGUCCUUAAACAUAUUGCCUCAUCAAGUGACUAAGUACCAGAACAAGGAAAUUACAAAAGAAUGGUCUUCCGUUUCUAGGCCCAUUAUUGUUACUGUUAUAGUUACUAUUAUUAUGGUCAUUACUAUUAAACCAUUUUUUUUUUUACCUUAGGAUUAAAGAGAGACUUCUUCUAACAGUCCCAAUGCACUCAUUAAAAUGACAAAUGUUAAUACUCUAUCCCUAUGAAAUCAGGCAAGCAUUAUCACGUGUUGGGGGAAACUGAGCACCAACAGUGUAAAAAUGCCCCAGCCCGGGUUCUAUGACCUGUCAUUGGCAGAAUUAAAACUUGACCCAGGCCUCCUGUCCCUUGGGCUUACGUGCUAUUUAAUGGAUCAUCCUCUUAGUCACUUUGUUUGUUCUAUCAGUCAUUCCUCAGAUGGGGUAGUAAGUGCCCAGAGAUGUCGGGCUCUGUGCCACUGAGUAAGCAGUGCUGGGGGCAGCCCUUCCAAGAAAGAGUGCAAAGGGAGACAUAGCAUGGCAUGAGAGUAGGGAUGCCUACCAGAGGUCAGAAGUAACGAGCAUGAUUCAGAAAAAGUCGCUUUUCUCUUUUUGAACAGGGUGUUUAUGAAUGCUGUUCAUCGUUUCAAAUGAUGCCAAUGUGAUAAUACACCCAUUUGUAUAAAUAGAAGGCCUAAUUCAAGGUCAGGCGUAUCAGCAGGAUAAAAUUAAAUACCUCAGUCUGGAACUGUAGGGGGCCCAUCGACCACUUUCAACCUCCUCAGCCCCAUAGAUAAGAAUUCUUUGAAUUUAUACAAUAGCAACUGAAAUAGGGCAUUUUAAGACAUUAAAGGGCCUUUAAUAUGCUGAGACACAUGGCUGCUAAUGAAGUUUAUCCACGUGUUGAGGCAGAAACUCAUUAAACCCCUAUUAUGGGAUGGAAACUGGAAUAAGGGUUAACUGUUCAGUUCACAAGGUGGAGAGAGUUUAAUAGGAGGGUGUGAUAGUUUGGGUUUAGCAUAUUCAAGAGCUUAGGAGAAAGUGUUUGAAAAGAACGGGUGUGAAUGAGAUGAUGGAAAACAAUUGAUGGGAGAAUUUUAUGAUUCAAGAAAUUCUUAGAGCUUCACCACAUGGUAAUUUAGCAAUAUGCUGGCUGUUAACAUUUAUGAAGAUAAAUUUAGGUAAACAUAUACUGGCUGAAAUGGCAUAAACCUCGGCAUAUACACAGCAAGCACGUUUAUUUUAUUAUUUUAAUAUGGUAAUAAAUGUAGGCUUCACGGGAUGCCUAUUCCAGAUGUCCUUUUAAUGGAUAAUUGGUAGUCACAAAGUAAAUAAGCAUGUUAAAACAAGAAUGGAAGGAAAAGAAAAAAGUAUGAAAUUAAUAAGUAUUUCAUCAUAAACGAUAUUUCUUGAACACCCAUUAUACUAGACUCUUGUUCCUUCCCCCAGCCCUGAGGACUUUGCUUUUUGAUGCAAAAGCCUGAAAUGUGGUUUUACAAAGUCACUAUCUUUGGAGCCUGAUCUCAAAAGAGAAGAUGGCAUGGAUUGGGGGUGGGAGGUAGGAAUGAGGGAAGAGAAAAGAGGAAUCUCAUUUCAGAAAAGGCAGUUGAAGUAAUAGAAUUUUAUAAAUUCUCAGACUUAAAGGUUAGGCCAGCUCUGUUUGAUAGAGAAGAGAAAAAGAAGGUCAUGAGAAGUCUGUGCAAAUGAAGGAAUGACACUGGGAAGGCCAAAUGUGAACUUCAAAAAAAAAAGUAACUGUUCUGUUUAAUAAAUAGAUAAUGUACAGAGCUGUUUGUAUUAUAAUAAGAAUGUUAAUGAUUGUGAGGAGUGUGGUUGUCCUAUACAUACUACAUUGGGAGGUUUGAGGAGAUUAAAUGAAGCUUUGUAAAGAGUACAGGCUAAGUGAUAGCAUAAGAAUUAGCUGGGGGUAGACAAUACUUAAUGUCUUAUGUCUUCUGAAGUUAAAACAAAAAUGGAGUGAGUCUGUUUGAAUCAGACAAAAAAAAAAAAAAAGAG